AUCGAUUCGCUCAAAAGCCGAAAUGGGCUUACCGUUGAUUGAUUACCGGUGGCUGAUAUGGGUCAGCUCAGCUGGGUCUUCAAUGGAUGGAGCAUUGAUAUUAUUACAUGGCAUAAAAACAGUAUUCAACAGGCAAAAGCCUAUCAUCACUAGUUUCAGUUGUUCCACAAAUCCAAAUUCUCAAAAAUGAAUGGCUAUCUUUGUUACACACUCAUCCCUCCCUAUUCACUCUCUAUCUUCUACAACUAAAACCCCUCUCUCUCCCUCUCCCUUCUCAUACUCCCAACUAUGGCAACUCUUCAGUCUCUGGCUUUGGCCUCUCCUGUCUCUCACUCUUUCCUCAACCAACCACGCUCUCUCUCUGGAAUGCCAUCUUGGGUUGCUCACCGGAGCGCCAAUUCACAAUUCAAUGGGCAAUCUUUACAAGUGGCUCAAUCGCGAAUAUCACCUACAAGAUGGAACUCUAAGAGAUGCAGCCCCAUAGUAAUGAUGGUUAAACCAAAAAUUCAAUUCAUUCAAGGAACUGAUGAGCAGACAAUACCAGAUGUAAGGUUAACAAAGUCCAGAGAUGGUACAAAUGGUAUGGCUAUAUUCAGAUUCGACCAACCGUCCGUGUUUGAUUCAUCUAGUGAAGUUGGUGACAUCACUGGAUUCUACAUGAUUGAUGAGGAAGGAGUUCUUCAGUCGGUUGAUGUGAAUGCUAAAUUUGUGAAUGGGAAGCCUGCAGGGAUUGAAGCAAAGUACAUAAUGCGAACACCACGGGAGUGGGAUAGGUUCAUGAGAUUCAUGGAGCGAUAUUCUAAUGAAAACGGCUUGCAGUUCAUAAAAAAAUGAGGCAAUUCUAUUCUUCUUUCGCAGUACUCUUCACUUUGAUCUGUAUCCCUCCUUAGUGUUAUGUAAUUUUGUUUGAAGUAUAACUUGAAAUCUCAUGUAGCUUUUAUGCAGAUGGCUUAUAUUGGGUUAGAUCCCAAUGUAGGUUUCAUGCAAAUACCUCACUGCUUCCUUUUGCCCAACAAGCUUUUCUGUUUUCCCUUUUAUUUAUCAUAAAA